AAUUAGUAGCGAAUUUACUUAGAAAUAUGUAACUAGUUUACUUUAGAUGUAUUAGAUAUAAACGCAUAUAACGCCUUUCUGUGCGGUCUUCACUGUUUUUUGUUUACGUCCUCCAAUUUGUAAGACUUGGAUUAUUGGAUGUAUUCCUAAACAAAUUUAAACUGAUUUUAUAGCAAAAGAGAAUUUUAAUUUAUAUAUGUACAUAUAUAAAUUGCAUAUAAAAUUGAACAAGCCAAAAUAAAUAGCUUUAUAUCAUAGAAAAUACACAGUUUUUCAGUGAAGAAAGAGAAAAAAAAAUAGUUGAGUCACCAAUUUCUACUCUUAUACAGGGACAGAUAAAAAUGGAGGAUUAUAAAUUUCUCUUUAAAAUUGUACUUGUUGGAAACGCGGGUGUUGGAAAAACAUGUUUAGUACGUCGCUUCACACAGGGAUUAUUUCCACCCGGACAAGGAGCAACAAUAGGUGUUGACUUUAUGAUCAAAACCGUUGAAGUGGAAGGUGAAAAGAUCAAGCUACAAAUAUGGGACACUGCCGGCCAAGAACGUUUCCGUUCAAUAACUCAAAGCUAUUAUCGCUCUGCACACGCAUUGAUACUGGUUUACGAUAUAAGCUGCCAGCCUACAUUCGACUGCUUGCCAGAUUGGUUACGUGAAAUCCAAGAAUACGCUAAUUCUAAGGUGUUGAAAAUUCUUGUUGGCAAUAAAACUGAUCGUGAUGAUCGCGAAAUACCAACACAAAUUGGAGAAGAAUUUGCCAAACAACAUGAUAUGUAUUUCCUUGAAACUUCUGCCAAAGAGGCUGAAAAUGUUGAACGUUUAUUUUAUGAGAUUGCGGCUGAACUUAUUGAUCAGGCGCGUAAUAAGGAUGGUGCAAAUGUGAACAAAACUACCACAGAUUCAAUUGGGCUUGGCAAUUUUGGCACAAAAGCUACGCAAAAUAGUUGUUGCAGUAGUUUUAGUAGUAACACUAGUCAAUCAACAAAUGAAAAUAAUAAUAGUAGAAACAACACUUAGGCGAAAGUAGUAGAAAAAUACAUAAAAAAUAUUUGGCGAAAAUAGUUUCUAUGUAGAUGUAAAGUUAAGGUUAACAUACACAUAUGUAUGUAACCAUUUUAAUAAAAAAUUAAAAAAAAACUACAAGUUGAAACACAAACUUUGAUUCACAAAAUGAAUGA